ACGGGUACUCAACGAAAUUCGCCCAAACACGCGCAGUGACAAGCCUCGACUCUAGAUUCUAGAAACGCAAUGAGUGUGCUAUUAUCAUGUCCGAAACAUGGCAGUUUUGUUUAAAAAUUAAAAUAUCGAAAAAUCAAAAUCCAAUACAAAUUCCAGCAAUCAAUCAAAUCAAACCAUGGCGGAGUCGUCAUCACCACCAUCGGCCGAGCAUACGAAAAUCACGGACUUGGAGGAGGACGCGCUGGCCCACUGUGCCUCCUACCUCAAGCUACAAGACAUCUCAAACUUGGCCAUCUCCUGUAAAUCUCUCCGACAAAUUGCUUAUUCUGACUCCGUCUGGCUUCGUCUCUUCAGGGAACAAUGGCCUUGGUCCCAAGAAUUACUUUCAGGCUCUUUGCAAACAUUGGGAGGCAGGGAAGCAUAUUUGGCGAGGCAUAAAGCAUUGCAACAGUUCAAAUUUGUGGAUCCGUGGGUUUGCCACUUUCAUACUGCACCAAAACCUUUUGAUCAUAUGCUAAUGGACAAAAGUAAUAUUUUCUUUUCGCAGGGUCCUUCCUUACAAACGAUUUUCAUUGAUAACUAUCCUACCAAAAGAGACUCUCCUGGGGUACGAUCUGAUCAUAAUGCUAGGAUUACUUGCAUGAGAUUGUUUGUUCUUGAUGAUACAUCUUUAUGUAGAGGUGCAAGAAGGAAAGAAAAUUUCUUGGUAACCUCCAGCUGCGACCACUCCAUUCGCAUAUGGUGGAAGGGUUCCUUCCAACGAUGUUUUAAAGGUCAUAAUGGUCCAGUGUCCACCUUAUCAGAUAAAUUGUUAGGUGAUGCUGGCAGCAGACUAUUGGCGAGUGGUGGAGAAGAUGGUACUGUCCGCCUUUGGGCUCUUAACUCUAGUGGAAAACGAGGUCAACAUGCUUUAAAGGCUACAUUUUACGGGCAUGAGAAACCUGUUAAAUUGAUGUCAGUUGCCGGGCAUAGGACCUCUCUUUUGGUGAGCAUGUCAAGAGAUUCUAAGGUGAGGGUUUGGGAUACAUCCACAUCAUCUGCUGUUCGUUCUUCAUGCUGUGUGGGAAUGACUUCUGUAACUGGUACUCCUGUGGACAUGAAAUGCCAUGAAUCAUUGCUUUAUGUUGCUGCUGGUUCUUCUGUUGUUAUGAUUGAUUUGAGGACAAUGCAAAAGGUCAUCACUGCAGCAAUCGAUCAACCAAAAUUAUGCUCCUUUUCUAUUUUGCCCUCAAAAUCCUUGAUCUGCAUUGGUGGAAUUGGCAAGGCAAUGCUCUGGGAUAUAAGGAGAAGCCAGGAGACUCUAAAAUUAGAACCAGUUGCAGAGUUGGAUGGACACACAGGUCCGGUAACACAUCUACACAUGGAUCCAUACAAAGUAGUAACAGGAGGGCCAGAAGAUUUGCAUGUCAAUAUUUGGGAGACUGACACCGGUAUGCAAACAAAUUCCUUGCUCUGUUGUUCUUCUGAGGAAACAAAAACAGUCAUAGGGUGCUCGGCCUUGGCUGUUAAUGGAUGUCGUAUUGCAACUGCUACCUAUAGCGAACGUGGACUCAUAAAGUUCAGCAAUUUCUCUCACGCUGCUUGCCCUAUUUCAAAAAAUGAAGAUCAGCAUGAUUCAAAGUUCUGGGGUCCUCAAAAUUAUAUUGAUACUGACUCAGAUAACUGAACAAAUUUGCUUGUGUUAUGUAUCUUUUAGGCUAAAUUUU